AUGGCAAUCUAUCUGACCAGACGAAAUAGGAUGAAUGGAGAUGCGAAAACAGAUGUCACUUGUAUGUUCAAGGAAAGGCUACGCUACAGAAUAGAAUGUGAAUACUGGUACUAUAAAAUCACGAAGAAACUGGACUGCUUCAUAGAUCACUGGUGCAUCAACAGCGGAUUGGCAGAGCAUGUAAUUUUUAUUGAACAAUCUCAUGAUAAAUACAGAAAACAUAUUCGUCAACUAUUGCCUCCCACAGUCGAUAUAACGGUUUUCAAGAAAAGAGUGGCCAUACAAAACCUGACGUUUCACAAUUUUGCAAUAGAAGAUGAAGACACAAAUAAAGAUAACGACAACCAAACAUAUACUAUACCUCGACAAAAGACCUGUGCGGUCGUUGGCAAUGGUGGGAUUCUUUUGAAUAGCAAAUGUGGUGAAGAAAUCAACUCCAAUGAUUUUGUUUUUCGUUGCAAUAUACCGGAAGUGCAGAACUUCACAAAAGACGUUGGCGACAAGACUAACAUUACCACAGUCUGCAGUAUGCAAAUGUACAUCGCAUACAAUCACCUUAUUGGACAGAAUCCAAACUUUCUAUCGCACGUGCCAUUGCAAGAAUCAAUUAGUUUAUAUCAGUUUUUGAAUAACUCAAUUCUCUGGUUUCCCAAUCCCAAUGAAAAGCUUACUGCUGAAAGGUUGCGGACUGUGUUAGAAUUUUUAAAAUCAAACUAUAGUCUGGUGUAUCAAACAGCGUACACACAGAAGAACCUGACUAAAGAUUUCCAAAGUUUAUUGAAGAAAAAUCCCUCGUCUGGAAUGAGAACAAUUGCUGCUGCAUUGUCUAUGUGUGAUGAAGUUAAUGUAUAUGGAUUCUAUCCUCUGCAUACCGAUCCCCAUGGCAACCCCGUGCCUCAUCACUACUAUGGGUAUUUUGCUGAAAAGGCGUGGGACUAUAAGGACGAGACUAAGCUACAAAAUAUGCCAGAAGAGUUUAAACUAUUGCAAUCCUGGCAUGCAAAUGGGAUUAUUCGGUAUUAUAUAUUAUGGUUCUCGGGUAAUUUCGAUUAUGGUGUAUCUACCAAGUGCAAUGGGGGUAAUGGGGAGAUAGUAGAAAUAAGCGGACAGAAUGGAAACAUUUAUAAUGCUGUAUGUUUCUACGUGCUGUACGAUAACAGUAAUGUACAUAAUCGGCCUCCGUACAACAAGGAGUAUAACAUCAGUAACCCGAUACCACCAACAAGAAAACAUAUUCGUCAAGUACUGCCAACCACACUCUCCAUUAAGGUUUACAAGAAAAAGCUAGCAAUACAAAACAUGACGUUCCCCACUUUUUCGUUAAAUGAUGGAGACAUAAAGAUGGAAAACGAUAACCAGACAUACACUUUACCAAGGCGGAAGACAUGUGCAGUUGUUGGUAAUGGUGGUAUUCUUUUGAAUAGCAAAUGUGGCGAGGAAAUCAACUCCAGUGACUUUGUUUUCCGUUGCAAUAUACCGGAAGUGAAGAACUUCGUGGAGGACGUAGGUGACAAGACUAACAUUACCACUGUCUGUAGUAUGCAAAUGUACAUUGCAUACAACCACCUUAUUGGACAAAAUCAGAACUUUUUAUUGCGUGUGUCAUUGAAAGACUCAAUUCGUUUACUGCAGUUUUUCAAUAACUCCAUUCUAUGGUUUCCUAAUCCCAAGGAAAAACUCACUGGCGAGAAGCUACGUGCUGUGUUAUCAUUUUUAAAAUCAAAUUAUGGUCUUGUUUACCAAACAGCGUAUUCGAAUAGGAACCUUGGUAACCAUUUCCAACGCCUUUUAUCCAAAAACCCGUCGUCUGGAAUGAGAACAAUUGCUGCGGCACUGUCUAUGUGUGAUGAAGUUAAUGUAUAUGGAUUUUAUCCUCUGCAUACUGAUCCCCAUGGCAACCCCGUGCCACAUCACUACUAUGGGUAUUUUGCUGAAAAGACGUGGGAUUAUGAAGACGAGACUAAACCACAAAACAUGACGGAAGAGUUUAAAAUAUUACAAUCCUGGCACGCAAAUGGGAUAAUUCGCUUAAUAACAAGUCCAUGUAGAUUAUCGGAUUGA